GCCAAAACCCCCCUACUUAACCUUCCCUUCCCACUACCCCUCGCCGCCGCCGCCGUCUCUCUCCGUCUCCCACUCUCCCCGCGUCGUACUCUCCCACGCAGCUCGUCGAGAUGUCGUCCGAGGCGGCAAAGGUGGCGGUGCCGGAGUCGGUGCUCCGGAAGCGGAAGCGCGAGGAGCAGUGGGAAGCCGAGAAGAAGGAGAAGGCCGUGGCCGAUAAGAAGAAGUCCAUCGAGAGCCGCAAGCUCAUCUUCUCCCGCGCCAAGCAGUACGCCGAGGAGUACGAGGCCCAGGAGAAGGAGCUGGUGCAUCUUAAGCGUGAGGCCCGGUUGAAGGGCGGGUUCUAUGUCAGCCCUGAGGCAAAGCUCCUGUUUGUGGUCCGCAUCCGUGGUAUCAAUGCCAUGCACCCGAAGACGAGGAAGAUCUUGCAGCUUCUGCGUCUGAGGCAGAUCUUCAAUGGUGUGUUUCUGAAGGUCAACAAGGCUACCAUUAACAUGCUCCGCAGGGUUGAGCCAUAUGUUGCAUAUGGGUAUCCGAACUUGAAGAGUGUCAGGGAGUUGAUCUACAAGAGGGGCUACGGAAAGCUGAACAAGCAGAGGAUUCCUCUGUCCAACAACCAAGUCAUCGAGGAGGGCUUGGGCAAGCACAACAUCAUCUGCAUUGAGGAUCUUGUUCAUGAGAUCUUGACUGUUGGCCCACAUUUCAAGGAGGCAAACAACUUCCUCUGGCCCUUCAAGCUGAAGGCGCCAUUGGGAGGCCUGAAGAAGAAGAGGAACCACUAUGUGGAGGGUGGUGAUGCUGGUAACCGUGAGAACUACAUCAAUGAGCUCAUCAAAAGGAUGAACUAGGUUCAUGAGCCUAUUGAUAGUGCCAUGUGUUAUGCUUAUUUUACAUUAGCGAGUUGGAUCAUGAAUGAAUAUGCAUGCAAUUUUGGUAUUUGGAACUUGACGCCUAUGGAAGAAAUCUGACCUUUUAUCUGGUGGUAUGGAAUUAUUCGUAUCUUGAGUUGUGAAUA